UGUGGCCAUUUGUAUUCAUUGGUAUCGCUAUGACAGGGUGGUGCUCAGCAUUUGCAUCGCAUGAACACAAAAGUUCAUGCAGAGCAAAUAUUUGCUAUUAAGAAAGCGAGCGGGAUCGUGAGGUUUGAAUAGUUUGUCUGACGAGGGCCUAAGAGCGGCAGCAUGGAGUCCCCGUUGGUGUUUCUCCUCAUCAUAUCUCUGUUGUCCUGUGCAACAGAUGACGUACAAGGCCAGGGUCUAUCCGCCUCUCAGAACCCAAUACCUGUGGGUCAAAAUGUCACAUUUUCCAGCCUAAACAAAGUCAACACAGGUGCAUGGCUCUUCAACAGUGAACUCGUUGUCCUAAUCAUUCUCGGGAAUGGCACCGCAACCCCAAGUUGGACGGGCAGGGUGUGGUUCAAUUCAACCACCUCAUCUUUGAUGAUAGCGUCAGUGAAGCUGGAAGACUCUGGGACGUACACGCUACAAGAUGUGACUUCUGGUGCUUCUCAGCUGGUGCUGUCAGUCCAAGUACCGAUCACGGGCGUGAACCUGGCUGCAAACGGCAGCAACCUCGUGGAGUUCAACGACACACUGGUGCUCACGUGCACCAACAUCACGGGCACUUCUUUAUCGUUUAAGUGGCUAAACGACACCUCCGAGGUGACGGCCGGCGGAAACGUUCAAAUCAGCGCUGACGGCUCCAAGCUGACCAUCGCCCAAGUAACCCGCUACGACCAGGGCCCGUUCAGGUGUAACGUGUCCAACGGCAUCAGCCAAGGAAUCAGUUCACAAGUCCUUUUUAACAUCAGCUACGGUCCGACGAACCCACAAGUGUCAGUAAGCCCCUCAAAGUACACCCACAUCACAGGGUCUAACGUCACCCUGUCAUGCUCGGCCGAGUCCAAGCCCACGGCAACGAUCCAGUGGCUGAUGAACGGGACGGACAUCUCCCACUCUGACCCACAGCUUGUACUCAGCAACGUCACAAAGAACCACUCGGGGGACUACAAGUGUCUCCUCCACAACAGCGUCACAUCGAGGUUCAACAUUGCAAGUGCAAUGAUCAGCAUCAUGGCGCCUAUAACAGCAGUCAUGGUCAACCACACGGGUGGACCGGCAAUCGCCCAGCAGAACUUGGCCCUCGAGUGUCACGUGACCGGCGUGGUUCACCUCAUUCAGUGGUGGAUGAACGGUAACCCGGUGUCUGCUGACAACACCACACUGUUUGCUAUGGACAACAAGACCUUGACUCUCAACCCCGCCCAGCCCUCGGAUGCUGGGGACUAUCAGUGUCAAGCUUUUAACGCUGUGAGCAACAUGACCAGCAGCCCUUACACUGUGGAGGUCUACUACGGCCCGUACACGCCAGUGAUCACGGCGCCCACCAUGGGCCUGACCGGGACAACGGUGAUGCUCAAUUGCUCCAGCAGCUCCCACCCUCCGAGCCAGCACACCUGGUACUUCAACAACACCGUGCUGGCCAACACCUCGGUGUAUCACACUGGACCGCUGGCCUUGAACAUGAGCGGGACGUACACCUGCAUGGCCUUCAACAACAUCACAGGGAAAAACAGCACGGCGAACCACACGCUCACUGUUCUGACUCCGGUGACAAUGACCUCCGUAAACCAUAUGAAGUCAUAUCCCAUCUUGGACCACAAUUUCACGCUGACCUGUGACACAACUGGCGACGUGUACUCUAUCACCUGGAUGCACAACGACACCCUGUUGGAGUCUGACGCCGCAAGGAACUUCUCCAUGAACAACGCCACCCUCACCUUUGACCCCGUGCUGAUGUACCACGGCGGGAAUUACAGCUGUUACGCUUCCAACCCGCUCAGCAGCUUAGCCAGUGAUAAUUUCACCCUGGCUGUCGUAUAUGGACCAGGAGUGCCGACCGUCACGGCACCAACUGCGGCGCUGGUGGGAAGCAGCGUGGCGCUCAGCUGCAACGCCUCGUCACACCCGCCCAGUCAGUACAUGUGGUACUUUAACACCACGGUGGUGGCCAACAGCUCCGUGUACCAUACACCUCCUCUUAGCGCCAACGUGAGCGGCACGUACACCUGCAAGGCACACAACGCCAUCACUGGCUACAACACCACCGCCUCCACCACAAUUACAGUUUUCGACGAAAUAAAAGAGGCGAACAUAACGGUGCCCAUGAGCGCCGCCAUAGAAGGUUCUCCAACUACGUUGACGUGCAAUGUGUCCGGAGCCCCUGAGCAAGUGCUCUGGAUGAAAGAUGGAGUCCCCCUGAUGGCGGACAACAGAACCACGCUGUCCAUGGAUAACGUCACCGUCACCUUCAACCCUCUGUCCCGCAACGAUACUGGAAUGUACCACUGUUAUGCUAUCAAUCCCCUGCAAAAUGUGUCAAGCCCUUCUCAAAUGCUCCUUGUAAACUUUGGACCGGAAACUCUAAUGGCUUAUGGGCCACCGUUGGCCGUGGAGGGACAAUCUGUAAACUUCUCCUGCUCCGCCGUGUCGGUGCCCGCCAGCCACUUCUACUGGUUGUACAAUGGCUCCAUUGUGGCCAAUAGCUCCAUGUUUGUGUCAAGUUCUCUAUCUUUGAAUAUGAGUGGAAAUUACACCUGCAUGGCCCAAAACCCGGUGUCGAAAAUGAACAGCACCAAGUCCCUGACGCUCACGGUCAAAGAGGCCAUCAAGUCGGUGAUGGUGAUGAACGACACGAUUCCCAUCGACGGCAACAACUUCACGCUCACCUGCGUAGUGGACGGCCAUUACGACUCCAUACAGUGGAAGAAGAACGGCACGUACGUCGGAACGAACAUGUCCACCGCCAACCACACUUACCACCACAUGGUGGACAACCGGUUUAUCUUCACCCCGUUGGUGCGCCACGACGACGGCGAGUACAAGUGUGUCGCCAGCAACCUGGUUGGUGCUCACAAAAGUCCCCCGUACGAGAUCCUGGUGAACUACGGUCCUCUCAGCGUGAAUAUCUCAGAUCCAGAAUUCGACAAAGAAAAGCUCACCAUCACCAUGAACUGUGAAGCCGAUUCGCGGCCAGAACCCGAUAUAAAGUGGUUCCUAAACGACAAACCGUCGUCAGAAAUCGGCGUCGGCAACAUCAUCCAAAUCUCGUUGUCUUUGCUAAUAGAGACCAACUACUCGUGCAAGGCUAGUAACCCUGUGACCAACAUCACCAUGUCCCAGACUAAGACAUUCAGCCUCAUUGGUUCCGCCUCCGCCCUUCCUUCCCCAUCCCAAAGAGGCCUUUUUAUCGCGAGUGUUUUUAUCCUCUCUGUCCCAGUCCUCUUCCACUGAAUCCAAGCACACAAGCUGAAAUCGUUUUGAACUUUGUAGUAACAACAAGAUGAGAAAGUUGCCCCACAAAAAGUUGCACAAUUUGGAGUUCAACAGAAAUCUGGGGGGGGAAAAAUGCCUUAAAGAUAGAAGAAUAUUUAGAGUAGUGGUGGCAAAGAGGUUAAGUGUGAUGAUAACCGUAGAACGGGAAAGGUUUUGUUACAUAGAAAAAGGUCAGAAUACUCACUACUACUAUUUGUAAUACGGCUUAUUGUGUAACCAAUCAGAACGUAAAUUCACUACACAAGUGGUUCUCAAACUUUUGUAAAGUACCACCUCAGAAAAAAACUUGGCUCUCCAAGUACCAUUAUGAUGAGCGACAUUAAAAUACAGUAGCGUAGUAGGCCCAAGUAUUCAUUAAAAACAAUUUAACAAGUAUAUUUCAUAUUUUGCCCACUGUAACAUUACAGUUUGGAAACUAAGUGUUUGAAUUAAGGAAAAUAAAACACUGUACUUUAUUCAAGUGUUUCUUUUGCGUACCACGAGUGGUAAACGUACCAGUUUGAGAAUCACUGCAGAACAUAGCACUUAUUAAUUCAUUACCAGUAGGGCAUUUAGGGGACACCUGUUCCUUCUCCAUUCUCUGUCAAGUAUCUUCAACGGGUGAGUAAUUUUUUUGUUUUACUGUGGUUCAUUUCUCUUUAAGACAAAUAUAACAGUUGAUUGUGUUAACAUGUUGCUUCAAACAUGAGUUAAUUCACUUUGUAUCGUUCCCUAAUGGGGGGGGGAAAUGUUUUAAAAUAAGAACUAGUAUCAAUUGUUAAAUUUUGGAGGCUCUGUUGUGUUUCGUAAGUUAUGUUUUGAUUGGAAAGGCAACGCGUUGACAUAAGCAACGAUUGAAUUCUUAAUUGUUGGAAUUUUAAUUAACGUCGCAAGGGUGACAUGUAGUGUCAAUCGUUUUUGGCGACGCGGCCCUUUUCCACCUUUGGAAGUAAUAUCCGAUAUUUUGAGUUUUUUGUUUAUUUCCUGAUGUGAUACUUUUGCAGGAACUCUGUGUGGAAGAGGCAAUAAUAAUACAAAUAAAAAUAUAUAUCUAUGGUUCUGGCACUUAUACACACAAUUAUAUAUUUUA